CGGCUGACGUCACCGCCAGUCAGCUCCCGGCCUCAAGUGUGAACGCGAGUCAUGGCGCUGGUGUCUGCCGGCAGGGAGAUAGUGGACGCCAAAUAAAACUGUUUGUCGGCAGCCAAACUGACGGGGCGAACGAGAGACGGGGGCAAAAAGAAAGGUGGAAGUAGAAGGGGAACCCCCCGAGACAAGACAGUAACACUCAAGGAGAACAAAAAAAUAAAUAAACAGACGCACCGGAAACGUGGGGCACGCAUUUGGCGACUAAGCAGAAGUACAAGUGUGGGCCGAUAGGUUUUAUUUCGGAGCGGGAUCUUGGCAGUUUAAGCUUGUGAAGAUUCUCAUCUGAUACUUAAAUCUGCAAAUGGAGGGUCACGGUGACGAGGACAGCAUCAGUAACAGUAGUGGAGACUCAAGCCAAUCUGAUAAAGAAUCGGGCUCAAGUUCUGGGAGCAGCAGUGAUGGAAGCAGCAGCCAAUCUGAUAGCAAUGACUCCAGUGAAUCUGGCAGUGGUUCAGACUCAGCCAGCCAAUCUGAUUCAGAUUCAUCCGGUUCAGGAAGUAACACAUCUAAAGGAAAGCGACCAAUCGAAAGCAAAGUUCUAAAGACUGAUGGAGCAGAGUUUUGGAAAUCAAAUCCAAGUAUAUUGGCUGUGCAGAGAUCUGGAAUGUUAAGAAAACAACAGCUACAACAGCAGCAGCUUUCUUCAAACAACAGUUCAGAGGAGGACUCAUCAAGCAGUGACGACUCUGAUGACGACUCGUCCUCUGAGGACACUGCCAGACAUGUGAAACGCAGAGAUGAAGACUGGCAGAUGUCCGGUUCUGAGGAGGAAGAAGAUCGAGAGAAGAGUACCUCAGGAGACAGCGAAUCUGACUACCAGCCCAACAACAAAGUGAAAAGCAGAAAACCACAGUGCAGAGCCAAAACAAAAAUGAUAAAGAAGGGAAAAGGACUGAAGAGACCGGUUGAAUCAUCAGGUGACGACGACGACGAUGAUGAACAUAAGAGGGCUUCUCGUCGUCAGGCAACAGUAAAUGUCAGCUACAAGGAAGAUGAAGAUGCAAAAACAGAUUCGGACGAUUUGCUUGAAAUCUGUGGGGAGGAUCUUCCUCCUCCCCCAGAGGAAGAAGAAGAAUUUGAAACAUUAGAGAGAGUAAUGGAAUCGCGAAUUGGAAGAAAAGGAGCAACUGGUGCUGCCACCACUACCUAUGCAGUAGAGGCUGAGGGUGAGCCCAAUAGUGGUUUUGACCCUUUGGUGGAGGUUGGAGAACAGCAGUAUUUAAUUAAAUGGAAGGGAUGGUCUCACCUCCACAACACCUGGGAGAGUGAAGAAACACUUUUGCAACAAAAUACAAAAGGAAUGAAGAAAUUGGAGAACUAUAAGAAAAAGGAUGAGGAGACCAAACGAUGGUUUAAAACAGCGUCGCCUGAAGAUAUAGAGUACUUGAGCUGUCAACAGGAAUUGGUAGAUGAUUUGCACAAGCAAUAUCAGUUGGUGGAGCGAAUAAUUGCACACUCCAACCAGAAGUCUGCUUCUGGUCAUCCAGACUACUUGUGCAAAUGGCAAGGUUUAUCGUACUCUGAGUGCAGCUGGGAAGAUGGUGCUCUUAUGUCCCGAAAGUUUCAGUCACACAUUGAUUCAUACACAAACCGGAACCAAUCCAAAUACAUUCCUUUGAAGGAAUGCAAGGUCUUAAAGCAAAGGCCCAGGUUUGUUGCACUGAAGAAACAGCCAGCCUACAUUGGAAGCUCUGACGUACUGGAGCUUAGAGACUAUCAGUUAAAUGGCUUAAAUUGGUUAGCGCACUCCUGGUGCAAGACCAAUAGUGUUAUUCUUGCUGAUGAAAUGGGUUUGGGGAAAACCAUACAAACUAUCUCCUUCCUCAGUUAUAUGUUCCAUGAGCACCAGCUGUAUGGUCCUUUCCUUUUAGUAGUCCCGCUCUCAACUCUCACUUCCUGGCAACGUGAAAUCGAGUUGUGGGCGCCUCAGAUGAAUGUCGUAGUCUACUUGGGAGAUAUCAGUAGCCGUAAUAUGAUAAGAACAUAUGAAUGGAUGCAUCCUCAGACUAAGAGAUUGAAGUUCAAUAUCUUACUGACGACAUACGAGAUUUUACUUAAGGAUAAGUCAUUCCUUGGAGGUGUAAAUUGGGCUUUCAUCGGGGUAGACGAAGCUCAUCGUUUGAAGAAUGAUGAUUCCCUCCUUUAUAAAACCAUGAUGGAUUUUAAAUCAAAUCAAAGGCUACUCAUUACAGGAACUCCACUCCAAAACUCACUGAAAGAACUCUGGUCUCUCCUUCACUUCAUCAUGCCAGAAAAAUUUUCUUCCUGGGACAUAUUUGAAGAGGAACAUGGCAAAGGAAGAGAAGUUGGUUUUGCAAGCCUCCACCGAGAACUGGAACCAUUCUUGCUGCGAAGAGUGAAAAAGGAUGUUGAGAAAUCUUUACCUGCUAAAGUUGAACAGAUUUUACGAGUGGAAAUGAGUGCAGUGCAAAAGCAAUAUUACAAGUGGAUUUUAACCAGGAAUUACAAAGCCUUGAACAAAGGGCGUAAAGGCAGCACUUCUGGAUUUCUGAAUAUCAUGAUGGAACUUAAAAAGUGUUGCAACCAUUGCUACCUCAUUAAAUUCCCAGAUGAAAAUGAUUUAUAUAAUAGACAGGAGGCCUUACAGCAUUUGAUUCGUAGUAGUGGGAAACUGAUACUAUUGGACAAGCUGCUUUGUCGAUUAAAGGAACGUGGCCACAGAGUUCUUAUCUUCUCUCAAAUGGUUCGAAUGCUGGACAUUCUCGCAGAAUAUCUGAAAUGCCGACAGUUUUGUUUCCAGAGACUAGAUGGAUCUAUUAAGGGAGAACUGAGGAAGCAAGCUCUGGACCAUUUCAAUGCAGAAACAUCAGAUGACUUUUGUUUUCUGCUGUCAACCAGAGCAGGAGGAUUAGGUAUAAACUUGGCAUCUGCUGACACUGUGGUUAUUUUUGAUUCUGACUGGAAUCCACAGAAUGAUUUACAAGCACAAGCAAGAGCUCAUAGAAUUGGUCAGAAAAAACAGGUGAACAUUUAUCGGCUAGUUACAAAGGGAACAGUAGAGGAAGAAAUUAUUGAAAGAGCUAAGAAGAAGAUGGUGCUGGAUCACCUCGUUAUACAGCGAAUGGAUACCACAGGGAAAACUGUGCUGCACACUGGCUCCACUCCUACGCAUUCAACUCCUUUUAAUAAAGAAGAACUGGCAGCUAUUUUGAAGUUUGGAGCCGAGGAGCUCUUCAAAGAACCAGAAGGAGAGGAACAAGAACCACAGGAAAUGGAUAUUGAUGAAAUUCUUUGCCGUGCUGAAACGCAUGAGAAUGAAGCUGGGCCUACUACUGUGGGAGAGGAGCUGCUAUCUCAGUUCAAGGUGGCAAACUUUUCAACUAUGGACGAUGAUCUUGAGCCUCAGCGCAAUAUCAGGGACUGGGAUGACAUCAUUCCAGAAGUACAACGGAGAAGGAUGGAGGAAGAAGAAAGGCAGAAAGAACUUCAGGAGAUUUACUUGCUUCCUCGAAUGCGCAAUUGUGCCAAACAGAUAAGUUUCAAUGGAAGUGAAGGGAGGCGAAGAAGGAGGCGAUCCUCAGAUUCUGACAGCGAUUCAGUUUCUGAUGGGAAACGUCCCAAAAAGCGGGGGAGACCUCGGACAAUUCCUCGUGAAAAUAUUAAGGGAUUUAGUGAUGCUGAGAUUCGAAGGUUUAUCAAGAGUUACAAGAAGUUUGGCGGACCUCUGGAUAGGCUAGAAGCAAUUGCUCGUGAUGCUGAACUGGUCGAUAAAUCAGAAGUAGACCUCAGGCGAUUGGGGGAGAUGGUGCAUAACGGUUGCAUUAAAGCUCUGCGGGAGUCCAGUGGCCAGGAGAAGACAGCUGCCAGACGUGGUAAAGUGAAAGGACCUACCUUCCGCAUCUCAGGUGUUCAGGUGAAUGCUAAACUCGUUAUUGCGCAUGAAGAGGAGCUGGCACCUUUGCACAAAUCCAUUCCACUGGAUCCAGAGGAUAGGAAGAAAUAUACCAUCCCAUGUCAUACGAAAGCCGCCCAUUUUGAUGUGGAAUGGAACAAGGAAGAUGACGUCAAUCUUUUAAUAGGCAUCUAUGAAUAUGGAUAUGGCAGCUGGGAAAUGAUUAAAAUGGAUCCUGACCUCAAUUUAACACACAAGAUUUUGCCUGAUGAUCCGGAUAAAAAACCCCAGGCCAAACAAUUGCAGACCAGAGCUGACUACCUCAUCAAACUUCUAAGUAAAGAUCUGGCCAGAAAGGAAGCACAAAGGCUUGCUGAGGCUAAUUCGAAAAAAAGGAAGCCAAGGAACAAACGAAAUAAAGUGGUAAAGAUUGUGAAAGUAGAAGUAGUUAAAAGCGAUUCAUCAUCACCGGCACCACCUUCAGUCAAGAGCUCAGAUGAGGAAGGAGAGAUCAAGGAUGAUGCUGCUGGAGCAAAACCCACAAAAAAGAAAUUGAAAGCAGAAAGAGAUGUUGAAGAGAAAGAACAGGAAAUUGUAGCUAAAAGAGAAUCUGAAGAGAAAGAGAUCAAAAAAGAAGCAAAAGAAACUAGAAAAGACAAAAAGGAAAAGGAAGAAAAGAAAGAAACAAAAGAAAAACAUGUCAAGAAAGAAAUAAAAGAAAAAGAGGAGAAAGAUAAAGAACCUAUUCAUAAAGAUAAAGAAGUAAAAGAAGAGAAGAUAAUUGAAGCUAAGCCAGACGCAAAGGAGAAGUCUAAAAAGACUGAUGCCCUAGUUCAAUUUCCAGCAAGCAAUGAUCCAGUUCCUAUCACAGAAGAGACAGAAGAACUCGAUCAGAAUACAUUUAGUAUUUGUAAAGAGAGAAUGAGACCUGUAAAGGCAGCAUUGAAACAAUUGGACAGGCCUGAGAAGGGCCUUUCAGAAAAGGAACAACUUGAGCACACCAGGCAGUGCCUGAUUAAGAUUGGAGACCACAUCACUGAAUGUUUGAAAGAAUAUUCAAACCCAGAACAGAUCAAACAGUGGCGAAAAAAUCUCUGGAUCUUUGUUUCGAAGUUCACAGAAUUUGAUGCAAGAAAGUUGCAUAAACUCUACAAGCAUGCAAUCAAGAAACGACUGGAGAAUUCACAGCUUAAUGAUCAGCACAGCAGCACCCUUAGCACCCAACAUGCCAAACACACAGAAUCUGAAAAACCUAAAGAAAAUUCACACAAUGACGACAGCAGUAGGGAUAGUCACUCAUCAGAACGACAUCAUUCAUCUCAUUAUCACGAUCACCACAGAGAUCGUCACCAUAGUGAUUCCUAUCGAAAAAGUGAUUCGUCAAGAAAAAGGCUGUAUUCGUCAUUUAGCAAUGGCAAAGACCACCGGGACAGAGAUCAUUACCGAUCAGAUAGCAGGUAUCACAGUGAAAACAAGCAUCGAAAACUUGAUGAUCACAGAAGUCGUGAUCAUCGAUCUGGUCCAGAGUCUAGCUCAAAGGAGAGUCGCUCACACGCUGACCAUAGAUCUCACUCUGAUCACCGUUCUAGUUCGGAACAUCGAUCUCAUUCAGAUCAUCGAUCCACUUCGGAAUACUCAGGCCAUCACAAAUCCUCCAGGGAUUACAGAUACCACUCAGACUGGCCAGUGGACCACAGGCCAUCUGGUAGUGGUCCAAGAUCACCCUUGGAUCCGAGAUCCCCAUAUGACUCGAGAUCACCUUUGGAACAUAGAUCCCCCCUUGAAUACUCCUCUGAUCACAAAAGUACCCCAGAGCACAUCUGGAACAGCCGUAAAACAUAACAGCACGUGAUGCCACGUCUUCACCCAAUGCAGCCAUAAAAAAGUGAACACAAUAAAUGCCUUAUGUGACUUAAACAUGCAGACAAGAGCUGCUUCUCGAGCAGUAGUAUUGUUACUCCUCCUCACAGGUUGCAAGGUUGUUAUCUCAAGAAGAAAAUAUUUUUGUAUUGAGGUUAAUGCUGCACUGUGCUACAACUCUGUGGCAUGUUUUGUUCUUGUUUUUUUUUUAAAUUCAAAGAUGGACAUGUUUACUACUGCAUAUAUUAGAACACUGCCCCAAACACACUGGAUCAUAGAAUUCAUUCUUCUCAGAAAUGGAGGGCUUCAGCCUCAUCAACCUGAAUUAUGUGUUGAAGAAUAAAUUUAAAUCCAUUUAAGUAUGUUUUAACAUAAGAUUAUGCAGGAACUUAGGAGACGAGUAAAAAAUUAGACUGUUCAAAAGGCAGAGGACUCUAGUUCACCUCCCAAAGUUAUUUGUAUUGAGUCUGUUUACAUUUUACACUGCGACCACAUUGCCCAGUUCUUGGCAAGCUUGAAUAUUUAAAUUCUGUACUUACAACUGUAAAAUAUUUUGUUGAUCAAUUGUGAUGCCUUUGAAAAUAUACUACUGUAAAUUAUUGUAAAUUUAGUGGAUCGAAUCUGAGCUUUUUUUCUUCUCAGGCUUUUUUUGACUCCUUUCCCCACCAACUCAGGCCUUCACAUCAUGAUUAUAAAAUCCAUGUACUACAGUUUUUAAUGAAUUGUCAUUUGAUGAAAUUGCUGUUUAGAAUGUAAAAUGGGAAAGGGAAAAUCAAUUCCAUUAUAUUUAGUCCUGUAGUACUUUUUUUUAUUGAUAACUUGUAUUAGAAAUGUGUUUAUUUACUUUAAAACUCAGUGUUGUGAUUGCUGUAGUAACUACACAGGAGAAAUUCCUUUAAAAAAUUCAGAUGUCAGAUUAUAGUUUGAGAUACAUUUUAUAAACAGAGCAACUUUCCCCGCUCCCCAUCCUAAGAUUCCAUCUACAACAAGAACAAUAAAAUGAGGCGAAUUUGGUAUAACAACUUCCCAAUUUUUUUCCCUACUAAAACAGGCAAUAAUAUGAAAUGUGCUAUGCAGUCAGAUGAAUUUCCAGCAUAUUGGUGAAUUGGGGAAAUUAUAUGGUGUUAUAAUGCACACCAAUGUAAAUAUCUGCUAUAUAUUGCAAAGUAAAUUUACAGAGUAUGAUGUGUGAAUUACUGACAUCUUUUUCACCAUGGAAGAAAAAUGUCAGAUUUGUACAAACCAACAAAUCCAUCACCAGUCUCUCUUCCCACCCCCUUUGUUUCUCCAGAAAGUAUCACAGACUUUUUAAUAAAGUAAUUUUGUAACUCUC